AUGGCGCGGUGGCCAGCUGCCGCGGCGUGUGCACUCGGGGCAGCACUCCUGGGCCUGCUGGCGGUCUCAGUAUCCGGGCAGUCGCCAGCGCCGGCGCCGCUGGCCGCCGCGGACGGGGAAGGCGGCAACAGCAGGUUCACGUGCACGGACACUGAGAAGAAGCGGCCCGGGUGCACGGGCAUCUGCCCCGACAGAUGCCCCCAGAGCUGCAUCGCGCUCUGCCCCUCCUGCCAGACAUAUUGCCCAAAGGCUAUGGGAUUUGAGAUGAGCCCUCCUGCUUAUAAGUCUCUUAAUAAUCCCGCAAAAAUUGAGUCCGGUUUCUCUGGAGUCAACUAUGCUUCCGCGACCGCUGGGAUUUGGAUUCAUCGUGGCGACGGACUAAACUUCCCAUUGACGUACCAAGUAAAGUACUUCACGGCGACGAUGGAGAAGAUGGAGGCCAACCAUAGCCGGCAACAGUUGAGGAAGAUGUUGUCCAAUUCCCUAUUCCUAAUCAGCGUCGGCGCCAGCGACCUGUACUACAUCCACAACAUCAUGACCCGACCGGAGCCGGAUAACACAACCGACGUCCCACACCUCAUCUCCUCCUACGGGGACAUCAUUACGGCCUUGUACAACUUGGGCGCGAGGAAGUUCGGGAUAAUCAAUGUCCCCACCUUGUGCACACCGGUGGGCUAUAUGUGCGACGACCUCAUGACCAGCCUCCCCAAGGACUUCAACGACGGCAUCAAGCCGCUCAUGGCUGGCCUCGCCUCCAACCUCGACGGGCUCCGCUACUCCAUCGCUGACUUCCAUGCCUUAUCAGAUGCAGUUAGCACAACUCCUUCAGCAUACGGAUUUGUGAACACCUGGGCCUCAUGCUGUGAAGGCCCCUGUGCACCUAACUAUAGGUCACCAUGUGGGAACCCUAGAGAGUAUUGGUACUGGGACGUCGAGAACCCAACGGAGCAGGCCGCUAAGUUGGCCGCAACUACAUUUCUCAAUGGCACUGUGCAAUUCACAGCGCCCAUGAACUUCAAGACGCUGAUCAACCAGAAAUGA